GUAACUUGUUUGUUGAUACCUAUACUACCUUAGGUACACAACCAUGGUCCAUGGCCUAUGAACAACACGUACUUCAACCGUGAACCAAUCAAUCAACCUACAAAAACAACCUCCAACAAUCGACAUCACACUUGUCGUUUUACAGAAUUAAAACUAUAUGAAAAUGCAGCAACAGAAAGUGACAAUUCUUUACGCUACUUGUCUCCCACUUCAUUCAACUGCCAAAUUCUAUAUAUUUUUCUAUAUGUCGUUUUUCAUUCCACUACGUUCAAUUCCGUCAGUAAGAUCUGCAUCUGAAUCUCCUUCAUUCAUCACUUUUGUGUGUGCUUAUUAUAUAAAUGACUGCAAUACCAGCUUCCAACAGCUGCUAUUGCCAUGUGCAAUUGGUUAAUCAGGGGAUCACACCACACAAUCUCAGCUUCUCAACAUCUGUUUCUAUUCAGAACCUAGUUACGCAUGAACGCAGGCCGCAUAAAAUCGUUAAAUUUCACAGGUUUCAUGUUCAGAUGCAGCAGACAGGAUCACCAAUGAAACCCGGCACCAACGGUCAACUGUCAAAGGUUUACACAAAUGGUCGGCCGAUAUUGGGAAGCAAAGGUCAACCGAUCACCAUGGUUCCCAUACAUGAGGCGGUGAAUAAUAAACCGCUGUCAAAACAAAGAUCACAAACUGCGAAUGGACCGAUACGAAUCGGUAACGGAACAAGUCUUGUUAAACGAGAAGUCACACCGCCGCUAAUUAAGUCCGUAGGAGUUAAACAGCAUACGGGAUUCCCACCGUCUGAAGAGUAUAAGGUCUUGCCUUCGGAUGAAAGUUUCCGAUGGGCAAAUGAGAAUUAUAACUCGGUACAACGAUCAAUAGACGUGUGGUCUUUUGUUCUUUCGUUGCGCGUUCGUGUUCUGUUAGACAAUGCAAAGUGGACGUAUCCCGGUUCUUUCACAGAGGAAAAACAGAAAAACCGAAGAAGAAAAACAGCUUCGUGGGUAAGAGAACGCGUGCUUCAACUCGGCCCGACUUUUAUAAAACUCGGCCAGUUAUUCUCGUCAAGAUCGGAUUUAUUUCCGCAUGAAUUUGUCGAUGAACUCGCCAAAUUACAGGACAGAGUGCCAGCCUUCACAGCGGCAAAAGCAAAAGGUUUUAUCGAGAAAGAAUUAGGGGCUCCAGUUGAUGUACUCUUUAGGGAAUUCGAAGAACAACCGAUUGCAGCUGCUAGUCUCGGUCAGGUGCAUCGUGCGAUAUUACAUAACGGGGAGAAAGUAGUCAUUAAAGUUCAAAGACCUGGAUUGAAGAAACUUUUUGACAUCGAUUUACGAAAUUUAAAGUUAGUUGCAGAGUAUUUUCAAAGAAGUGAAACUCUUGGUGGCCCCACAAGGGACUGGAUGGGUGUCUACGAUGAAUGUAAAAAGAUCUUGUACCAGGAGAUUGAUUAUAUACAUGAAGGGAAAAACGCUGAUAGAUUCCGUCGAGAUUUUCGUAAUAUAAAGUGGGUCCGAGUGCCUCAAGUAUUCUGGGAUUAUACUGCAACCAAGGUGCUAACGUUGGAGUAUGUUCCAGGCAUUAAAAUCAAUAACUUAGAUGCGAUAAAACAAAGGGGUUACAGUCGAUCCCGAAUAUCUACACAUGCCAUUGAAUCAUACUUGAUACAGAUACUGAAAACCGGUUUCUUUCAUGCUGAUCCUCAUCCUGGAAAUCUUGCUAUUGAUGUUGAUGAAUCGUUAAUCUACUACGAUUUUGGUAUGAUGGGGGAGAUUAAGUCGUUAACAAGAGAAAGAUUGAUGGAUCUUUUUUAUGCAAUUUAUGAAAAAGAUGCAAAAAAGGUUAUGAACAGUUUGAUAAGCCUUGAAGCACUAAAGCCUACUGGAGACAUGUCAUCAGUUAGGAGAUCUAUUCAGUUCUUUUUGGAUAAUUCGCUAAAUCAGUCAAAUUAUCAGGAGCAAACUUUGGCUGCAAUAGGCGAGGACUUAUUUUGUAUAGCGACAGAUCAACCUUUCCGGUUCCCUUCUUCCUUCGCUUUUCUAAUUAGGGCAUUUUCCACUCUUGAAGGAAUUGGGUACUCGCUAGAUCCAAAUUUUUCAUUUGUCAAGAUUGCUUCACCAUACAUACAGGAGCUGUUAGAUCUCAAAGAACAGCAGCCAAGUGGAACACAACUAGUUGCGGAAAUGCGAAAACAAGCAGACGAUGCAAGAUCAAACACCAUGUCAAUGCCUUAUAGAGUUCAACGGAUUGAAGAGUUUGUUAAACAACUCGAAGUAGGCGACCUUAAACUUCGUGUCAGAGUUCUCGAGUCCGAGAGAGCAGCUCGGAAGGCAACAAUGUUGCAAAUGGCAACCAUGUACACAGUUAUAGGCGGUACGCUCAUAAAUCUUGGUGUCGCGUUUAGCACACUAGGCAAGCAACUUUUAGCAAAGGGAUCAUUUGUUGCUGCAGGUAUUUUGAUAGCACUGCUUAUUAGGUCCAUGCAAAGGGUGAAGAAUCAUGAUAAAUUUGAAAAGAUGAUUUAACUUUAGAAACUUCAUUUAGGCUCCAAUUUACAGUCCCUAAAUAGCAUUUUUAUAACCAAAUAUGUAUUAUUUUUUUAUACACAAUAACUGUAUAGAAAAUGAAUUAAAGCUCAACUUCAAAUGGAUGCAAUAUAUUUAAGGUACACGUGCAUUAUGCGGUUCUCAAA